GUGUUGUACACAUUUGCGCGCGGCGCUCUGUCGUAUGAAAAGAUGGAACUGUUUGGGACGGACUUUGACGAUUCUUUUUUCAUAACCCCACCGGAGAAAUCCUGGAACGCAGUUACGUCUUACAAUGCCAAAUUCUGUGAACCGGAGUGGUUUUUCGAAGAAAUGAAUGCAGUAGAUGAACUGGAGAGGCAGAAAGCCUUCAAGUUUCGAGGUGACCAGUUGUACAGCAAGCAGGAUUUUAAGAAAGCACUGUAUGAGUAUUCUAGCUGCCUAGCUCUAAUACCAUGCAAAAAUGUGGCAGUCAGAAGGGAUGUUCUAGAAGGAAUGUCGCGGUGCCUGUGUCAGAUGGGCCAUUUCAGUGAGGCGCUGGUAAUCGCUGACCAACUGAGAAAAGAGUCAACCAAUAGUAGCCACAUGACUUCUGUUUUAGACCUCGAAGUGUUUAUAUAUCAGAGGAAUGGAGAGCUAACCAAGAUGAUCCCAUGUCUACAGCAGCUCAUUACCUUGCAUCCGUACAAUGCAUCAUAUUGGAAGAAAUUGGGUGCAGCUUACAAACUGUCCUUAAAUUUAAACUCCACAGAGGAUCGCAGAUCACUUUCAGGUGAAAACAGGGAGCGAAAAUGUGAUACUGACUGGUAUACACAUUGUGAGUGUCCGAAACACCCACAUUUAGUAAACACAGAACCAACUUUUAGUCCACAUUUGUUCACCGAACAGUGUCCUUUGUACCACUACAGUAAUGAAACUGAAAAAGAGGCUACAGAUGAAAAUGCAUCAGAUCCUCAAGGAGACGACAACAAAAUGACUGCCUGGUUGAAGAUGUGCCUGUGUUUUGUCAGAGCCAAAUUACUAUUACAGAUUGUCAGAGUGCAGCAGUCUUCCUUUAUUCUUGAAAUCAACAGCAGGUCUCAAAGAGAAAUUGAAGAAGUGCUUCAUAACCUGCAGCUUAGUGAAGAGAUGUUUUACAAACUGGCUAAGAAGAUCGAAACCGAAUUUAUACCAGAGAAAAUGAAAGAGGACAAUCAGGAAAAUGACAGUCCAUCAUUUUUAUCAAGCUUGCAAGAACAGACUGGUGCUGUGUUUGAGAAGAAAUGGUUUGAAACUUUCAAGGAUGUACAAGUCUAGAAAGACUCUCAAGACCGCAGGGAAGACAACCCGCCAUAUCCCAAGAAGACCUGAGCUUGGGCUCUGUGUUCUGCUUCAAGUGUCUUCAGGAAACAAUGCAUUUCUAUUACGCCAGAGCCAAGUAUGUAUUUGUGUAUGUGUUCUAGUCCUAUUUAUUUUUUUGUCUUUUUAAGUGUUUUAAUUCUUGUAUUUGUUUAAAUAUAACAGGUUAUUUAAAAGCAUGUUAUACUGUUAACUUAGAUUGUAUGUCUUUUAUUUUACAUGUUUUGAUUGAUGUUUACUAUUUUGCUGUUGAAUUCA